GCCCAGCCGGCGGGAGCGCGGAGGCCCGGUUCCUGCAGGGCCGCGCCGAGCCAGCCGAGCCCCCCGUGGCGUCCAGGCGCGGGCCCAGGCCCCAACCGUCGCCGCGCGGCAUUUUUAUUCAGGCGACGCUUAAGGGAGCCCGGCCGCGCCCGGUGCAUUGUGGGAGCGGCCCGCGGCCCGUUUUCGGGAGGAGGCGGAGGGCGCUAAGCAAGCCGGUGGAUCCGUAAAGAACCCAGCCAACCGCAGAGGUAGGGCAGGGGCUGAGCUGUGAGGAGAGCGGGCCCCAGAACCAUGUCUACUCGGGAGUCCUUUAACCCAGAAAGUUACGAAUUGAACAAGAGCUUCCGGCUAACCAGAUUCACUGAACUGAAGGGCACAGGCUGCAAAGUGCCCCAAGAUGUCCUGCAGAAAUUGCUGGAAUCUUUACAGGAGAACCACUUCCAAGAAGAUGAGCAGUUUCUGGGAGCCGUUAUGCCAAGGCUUGGCGUUGGAAUGGAUACUUGUGUCAUUCCUUUGAGGCAUGGUGGACUUUGCUUGGUUCAAACCACAGAUUACAUUUACCCGAUCGUAGACGACCCUUACAUGAUGGGCAGGAUAGCAUGUGCCAAUGUCCUCAGUGACCUCUACGCAAUGGGGGUCACGGAAUGUGACAAUAUGCUGAUGCUCCUUGGAAUCAGUAAUAAAAUGACCAACAGGGAAAGGGAUAAAGUGAUGCCCCUGAUUAUCCAAGGUUUUAAAGAUGCAGCUGAGGAAGCAGGAACAUCUGUAACGGGCGGCCAAACAGUACUAAACCCCUGGAUUGUGCUGGGAGGAGUAGCUACCACUGUCUGCCAGCCCAAUGAAUUUAUCAUGCCAGACAAUGCAGUGCCAGGGGACGUCCUGGUGUUGACGAAACCCCUGGGGACACAGGUGGCAGUGGCUGUGCACCAGUGGCUGGAUAUUCCUGAGAAAUGGAAUAAGAUUAAGCUAGUUGUCACCCAAGAAGAUGAAGAGCUGGCCUACCAGGAGGCGAUGAUGAACAUGGCGAGGCUCAACAGAACAGCUGCAGGACUCAUGCACACAUUCAACGCCCAUGCGGCCACUGACAUCACGGGCUUCGGGAUUUUGGGCCAUGCGCAGAACCUGGCCAAGCAACAGAGAAACGAGGUGUCGUUCGUCAUUCACAACCUCCCGGUGCUGGCCAAGAUGGCUGCGGUGAGCAAGGCCUGUGGAAACAUGUUCGGCCUCAUGCACGGGACCUGCCCGGAGACCUCAGGCGGCCUUCUGAUCUGUUUACCACGUGAGCAAGCAGCUCGGUUCUGUGCAGAGAUAAAGUCUCCCAAAUAUGGUGAAAGCCACCAAGCAUGGAUUAUUGGGAUUGUAGAGAAGGGCAACCGCACAGCCAGAAUCAUAGACAAACCCCGGAUCAUCGAGGUCGCACCGCAAGUGGCCACUCAAAAUGUGAAUCCCACACCAGGGGCCACCUCUUAAUCUAGACAGAAAAAGCUAUUUGGUUUUGUUUUUAAAUAGCUCUGUUUCCUUUAUCAUCACUUCAAUUAAAGACUAUAAACAACAAAAAUCUCAUUGUGUCUACACAUCUGGUGACCUUAGGUUGGUUUGUAAGUGGAUUCAAUUAAUAAAAUAAAAUCCAUUGCCUUUU